AGGCGAAUAAAAAGGACUAACCAUGGGCAAAGCGGAGGUGGGUACGCCCAAGUACCUGGCCAACAAGAUGAAGUCGAAGGGCCUGCAGAAGCUGCGCUGGUACUGCCAGAUGUGCGAGAAGCAGUGCCGCGACGAGAACGGCUUCAAGUGCCACACGAUGAGCGAAUCGCACCAAAGGCAGCUGCUCCUCUUCGCGGAUUCCCCCGGGAAGUUCCUGCACAGCUUCAGCAAGGAGUUCUCCGAUGGCUACAUGGAGCUGCUGCGCCGGCGGUUUGGCACCAAGAGAACCAGCGCCAACAAGAUCUACCAGGAGUACAUUGCCCACAAGGAGCACGUCCACAUGAACGCCACCCGGUGGCUCACCCUCUCCGACUACGUCAAGUGGCUCGGGCGGACGGGGCAGGUGAUAGCGGACGAGACGGAGAAGGGCUGGUUCGUCUCCUACAUCGAUCGCAGUCCCGAGGCCAUGGAGCGCCAGGCGAAGGCCGAUCGCAAGGAGAAAAUGGAGAAGGACGACGAGGAGCGAAUGGCGGACUUUAUCGAACAGCAAAUCAAAAAGGCCAAGGGAAAGCAAGGCGAAGAGGAGGAGGAGGAAAAGUUCACCGAACUGAAGCGCGAGGAGAACGAACCUUUAAAGCUAGACAUUCGCCUGGAGAAGAAGUUCCAGCCGGACAAGGUAUUGGGCAAGUCCGUCCUAACCAAACGACCUGCCUCCGAAGUCGACGAGAAAGUCUUCAAGAAACCCAAAUCCCUGGCUGGAGACAGCCAAACCCGUUCGGCGCUGGACGACAUUAUCAAGCAGGAGGAGGCCAAGAAGGAGCGCGCCAAUCGCAAGGAUUAUUGGCUGCACAAGAACAUUGUGGUCAAGUUCAUUUCCAAGUCCAUGGGCGACAAGUUCUUCAAGCAGAAGGCGGUUGUCCAGGAAGUAAUUGACAAGUACCAGGCCAAAAUAAAGUUUCUGGAUACGGGGGAAAAGCUGAAAGUGGAUCAGGCCCACUUGGAGACUGUAAUUCCCGCUCUGGACAAACCUGUUAUGGUGGUAAAUGGCGCUUAUCGCGGAUCUGAAGCUCUGCUCAGAAAACUGGACGAGCGAAAGUAUUCCGUCAGCGUGGAGAUAUUGCAUGGUCCCCUAAAAGGACGAAUUGUGGAAAAUGUUCAGUACGAAGACAUUUCCAAACUGGCAUAGAUACAUUAUUCUAGAUUUAAGAUCUUUAGAUUAAACAUUAAGCGAUUCGAUUGUACAAACGGAAAUUAACGAGAAUGUUCAGAUAAAAGCCGCCAGCGAACUAAACCAAACUAAAGUUCGCUACUUUAACUUGGCCUACCCAGCAUUUAGGUUGAUUAAACAUGACUUUUUAAUGAAUAUGUAGAACGCUCUCAUUUUCUCGGUAUGCAAACAAUAUUUUUUGGGAACAAUAAAACCAUUAAACAAA